AUGAUCCACGAACGAGCGCGCGACUUGGAGGUGGCGCUGAAUCUCACCGACGCCGAGGAGGAGUUGCCCGAGCCCGACCGCUUAUGGAUCGUGAUUGUGGGCGCCGCCUUCUCGCUGGUCAUGGGCUUCGGAUGGGGCGCGAACGGGCUGGCCAACGCGUUCGCGACGGCCGUGGGCUCGGGCGUGCUGAGCUCGAAGCAGGCGAAAGUUGCGGCUGUCGCGUUCCAGGUCAUGGCCUAUCUUUAUAUCGGUGAGUUUGAGGGGGAAUUUGUCGUGGUUAUGGAGGUAUUACAUAUCAGUCUAUCGGGAAAAUAACGAGCAUUCUGUCAAACCAAAAAUCGAAUCGCUGCCGAGAAAAUGAAUUGUGUCGCGACAAAAUCAAAUUGCUUUAAACUUCAGCGACGCAAAGCAACAGAGUGCUCAUUAUUUUCCCGACAGGCUGAUAGGCAGAUGAUACUGCGCUUUUUCAAAAGUUUUACUAUUAGGCGUAGAAGUAUGAUCGUGCCGUUUUCCGGCCCAUAAUUUCAAUCAAAACAAAAAAUUUUUACACUAAACCUUAUCCAAUUUUAUAUUCUAUUAUUAAUUCCGAGGGGUUUGCAUAAUUUGGCCAACUUUCAAGUCCAUCAAAGAAAAUUUUUGGCUUUUUUGAAGCCAUCUAAAUAUCAACCCAAUUUUCGGCAUCGUUGUAUUCAACGAAGCGCUGCUGCCACAGAUCGUGUUCCAUCGGUCGAAACCAGUGAUAAUCUGAAAGUGCUGCGUCCGGAGAGUGUCGCGGGUGGGGUAAAACGUCCGAACUCGACGGUUCUAGGGUGCCCUUGACCAGUUUUUCAACAUGGGGUUUGGCGUCAUCAUGCAGCAAAAUAAAAAUUGGUCAUACCGACCGCUUUUACCAUAUCUCUUGGUGGAGUUGCAUCAAGUCUUGUUGACAACGGAUGCCAGUAACUGUUUUGUCGGGUUUCAAGACCUCAUAGAAAAGAAGAUCUUGUUUUUGUCAUCAUAUACAGAGCAACACUUCCUCCCCGGUAAUGUUGGACUGUGCGGUCGCUCGUGUUUCGGGUUGUCAAAAUCGAUCCAUUGUUCUUCUCUGGUCACUAGACAAUGCAAAAAUGACUUCCUUUCUGUAUGUCCAUCAAAAUCUUGUAUGUUGUCUAUGUUGAGUUAGGUCAAUCCAUAUGACACUUCUCUCUGGAUCCUUCCCAAUUGUUCCAAACUGAGUGAAGCUCCUUUAUGCAAGACGUGCAACAUCACAGCUAGCUUUUCUUGCGCACCGGCAUCGUGUUGUUUGCAAUAAUCUCCAUAUUCAAAUUUCUUAUAUGGGUUGGAAAAUCACGGGAUUUGAAACGAUGAACCCUUUUCCGACGGAAUUUUUUUUACAGAGCACAACCACAGUAAACUUCUGUAAGCGUUCCAUGCGUCGACGGCGCUUUUGCUCUCUUAUCGAGGAAAAUUUCCCGCAAAUGGCAUUUUUCCGGGACGAAAGUUGGCCAUCUUUGAAGCUUUAUAAAACCCGCUAUUCUAAACCUAACCACACGAAGCAUAUAUCGAUAGACAGCGUUUUCAACGUUCUUUCAGGCGAUACCAACAGAUGCACCAAAACUUUAACUCUACCUGUAAAAAAGGCGCAACUAAAAAAACGGCACGGUCAUACUUCUACGCCUAAUAUAUUACAGUAGCGGACCUGAUCCAGUGGCAAAAAAUGUGUCAUUUUGCAUCCGGGAAGAAUCAAAAAUGUGGCAGAAUGCUUCCAUUUCCAAGUAAAAAACAACAUCGUUUUGGAUGACGCGCCUUUUCCCUCACAAAAAUAGCGGGCGCGCUUUUGAAAUCGGAGUUUUUUACUUGGAGAGGGAAGCAUUUUGCCACAUUUUUGAUACUUGCCGGAUGCAAAAUGGCACGUUUUUUGCCAUUAGAUCAGGUCACCCACUGUAGACGCCUCUUUUUUUAGUCACCAGCUCCAACCACAUUGAGUUCCACAACCCUCUGAACACAGUCUACCACACCCACUCGGAGUCCUCGCUGAUUAUCGCCCAAUUAUCGUUCAUUAUCGCCGCCGCAACAUGGGUGUUGUGGACAAGUUUCAUGGGGAUUCCCAUCUCCAGUAGUCAUUGUAUGGCUGGAAGUGCCAUGGGAUUUGUGAUCGUGAUCAAAGGAUUUGACGCACUUCACUGGGUUGUGUUGGAAAAAACACGUGAGUUUUGCACUUUUUAAAGAGCUUUGUCAUAUGAACAUAAUACAAAUUUUUUCCAAAAUGUAAACAAGAAACUUUGUCGGUCUAUAGGGAAAAUAAUGAACACAAUAUCGCUGGGUCGAGCGUGUCACUUUAGUAAAAAGAAAUUUGAUUUUUUCACGGCGCGACUCCUUUUUUUGAUGCGAUUUUCGAUACGAUAGGAUGCUCAAUAUUUUCCCGACAGAGUAUGCAGAGUAAUAAAACCAGAGAGGUCGGAGAGGAAGACCCUUUUCGGGCCUGUCUUUGUCAGCUUACCAUACAUAUCAAAAAUGAAUUUUUUUUGUGGAAACGUUACCCUCUACAGCAAAAAUAGGCAUGAAAGUUUUCAUGCGGAAAAAGUGUCUCAUUUUCCGGCUUAAGAAUCCAACUCGUUUCGGCAACGUACGAGCUCUGAGAUUCGCAUUUUUCCUGGAAACUUUCAUUCUAACAGGGAAAGUACUCCAAGUGCGACGCUCAGAUUUUCUUUAAAUUUUGCAUACGCGUCGGGAAUAGACUAAAUAUCAAUUCCUGAAAGUUUUAGCUCGCGCUUUGCGGGCGCCGCCGAGAUAUCGAACGAUCUUUGCCGCCGAGAGAGCACGCAAAACUCGGAGAGCGGUCAUAUAGAAAAACGCUUUUUGGCCAUAAAUUUGGCAGUUUCGUACGGAAAAAUUUAAUUUUUUGUAGAAACAUUAUCCUUUACGGUAGAAAUAGGCAUGAAACUUUUCGAGCCAAAAUUCGGCAAAAAGUCCUAAAUUUUGGACUUUUUUCGAUCUAAAAAUCUCGGUUGUUUCUGCAAAGCGCGAGCUAGAAUUCUCGCAUAUAUCAUAGAAAAAAUUAUUCAAAAUUUUUACCAAGUUUCAUCAAAAUCUGAGCUUCUCAUUUGGAUUACCUCCCCUAUAACUUGUUUUAGUGCUUUCCUUCCUGUUUACCCCAAUAAUAUCCGGAGCUUUGGCGCUUACUAUCUGCUACUUGAUCCACCUUACAACUACGAAAAAAGAGUUUUCAAACAAGAGACUUACAAGGACAGUAUCAGUGAUUUUUUUGCUUUCUUCGGCGUUGUCGACGUAUGGAUUAUUGCAUGGAAUGUCCUCGGAUUUGGGGAUUACCCCGCUUCCGUUGCACUAUUCGUUAUGCGCUAGCCUAACCGUGGGGCUGAUCAUAUUUUUGCUGGUCUUGUUUUUCAUUGAACCCAUGCUUCAGGCGCAAGUUGAACGUAAGUUUUCACAAUUUUGUUAAACUAUCAGUCUGUAGGGAAAAUAGUGUGGGUUUGUCGCAGUAAAAUUCCUUGCCUCGUUGCAGUCGCGUACCAAAUCUAUAGCCGCGGCUAGCCGUCGCAAAGCGCUGGGCGACCCCAAGGCACGAAGAAUCCACACUAUUUUUCCCACAAAGUUAAAGUCGGUAUGUAACGUCGUGAAUACUUCAGAUAAUGUCCAGAAAAGAGCUCUGGAACAUGGAAUGGAGAGGGACGAGAAGUCUUUCCGAGUCAAUCGAUUCAAAGUCAAGAAGAGUAAGUCACUUUUGCUUAUAUUAGGUUUGAUCGGAAAGUUCGUGCCAUUCUAGAAGGGCUAGUAUUCCGUUGUGCUGAGCUCCGAAUCUGAGCUGUCUUGUCGUCGAAUCUCUUUACCCUUUUAUUUCAGUCAACAUGCUACCAAAGAAGUUCAUGAUUUCAUUGGACGGAGAGACUCCAAUUACAAACCACAUCAACCUGGAGGGUAUGGAUAAGAUGAAGGAAAAGGCGUCUCAUAAACUUCGGAAAUACAUUACCUCCGACUUGACGGGCAUCAACGAGAUCUCGCGUUUCUCGUUUGGCGCCGCAUUAUACUUUGUGUGCGGCUUCAUGGCAUUCUUUCAGUCUGUGGAGAAUAUUCGGUGGGUAAUCAUAUAAGAGAUUGAUAUCAGUUUGUCGGAAAAAUAAUGAUCGCUCUGUCGCAUCGAAAAUCGCAUCGCCAAAUGAAUUGUGUCGCGGAAAAAUCAAAUUCCUUUUCACUUUGCGACACGAUCGGCGCAGCGACAUUCUGCUCAUUAUUUUCCCGACAGACUGAUAUACAACAUCCUUUCGAAAGUGCGACUUUUCGGACGGACUAGUAACAGUCUGUCGGGAAAAUAAUGUGGAUUUUGCGCGCCUUGGAAUCUCCCUUAUCGGUUUGCGGCGGCUAGCCUCGGCUUGCGAUUUGGUUCUCGACUUCGACGAGAAAUUUCUCUAUGACAAAAUCCACAUUAUUUUCCCGACAGACUGUGGUCGAAAGCACAGUCUGUUCAUUACGCCUUGCCAUUCUAAUCAUCGCUGUUCAGGAUCUCCGUGAUGCCAUUGAACAUCCUCAUGAUGGUGUAUCGAAGAGAAGCUGUGGACGAAAAAGUUCCCAUCUCUCCUUUACUGGCCUCCUAUGUGACGCCAGUCAUUUGCCUGGGAAUCUAUUAUAUGGGCGGCUCGGUCCUGAAGACCCUUUCCAAAGACUUGGGAACAUUGUCGGUAAUCACGGCGUUAGCCGCUCAAUUCGCCACAACUGUAAUCGUCAACAUGGCCUGUGACUUUGACGUCCCACAUUCUAUAUCGUAUUGCUUGGUAAGUCGAAAAUAUCGGGGUGUUGUAAGCCAUGUUACAGCUCCUUGCAAUCCUCUUUGUCAGCGCAAUCCCAAAAGAAAGUAGGACCAAUUGGAAAGCGUUGAGAAACAUCGUACUUGUUUGGUUGGCGACAAUACCAACGUUGAUUGCAUUUGUUGCAUUAUUGAGCUUAUUUUUCACACUAAUCCUAUAACCCACCUUGCAUUGUGGAAGCAUUCUUUAACAAUACAUGUAUUUAUUAUUAUUUUUUUCUCAAUUAAAUGGAAAUAAAGUCUGUUUUAUUACAAGGGCUGUGUGCAAAUUGCAAUGCUCGGUCGAAAUUUAUUUUCUGACGGAGACCUAAAUCUCUCCGCAAGAGUCCAUCCGAACCCUUCAAAUUUAUUAUAUAUAUAGUCCAAAGUUAAAAGUUGACAAAAAGGAGGAGGCAACAGAGAAAGGCAGAAAUUCUUACAAAGGCAGAAAUUGCGCAAUGUUAUGUCAGAUUGCGCAACUUCUAACUUUGUACUAACAGGGGAAGUACUUCAAGUGUGACGCUCAGAUUUUCUUUAAAUUUUGCACACACAUCGGGUAUGGACUAAAUAUCAAUUCCUGAAAGUUUUAGCUCGCGCUUUGCGGGCGCCGCCGAGAUAUUGAACGAUUUUUGCCGCCGAGAGAGCACGCUCAACGUGGAGAGCGGUCAGAGAGAAAACCGCUUUUUGGCCAUAACUUUGGCAGUUUCGUGCGGAAAAAUUUGAUUUUUUGUAGAAACAUUAUUCUUUACAGUUGAAAUAGGCAUGAAACUUUUCGUGCCGAAAUUCGGCAAAAAGUCCCAAAUUUUCGCCGACUUUCGAUCUAAAAAUCUCGGUUGUUUCUGCAAAGCGCGAGCUAGGAUUCCCGCAUAUAUCUUAGAAAAAAUUAUUCUAAAUUUAUGCCAAGUUUCAUCAAAAUCUGAGCGUCACACUUCAAGUACUUCCCUUGUAAAUUUGCAAGGUUCGGAUGGACCCUUGCGGAGAGAUUUAGAAGUCCCGAGCCAUAUGUGUAUCUAGAUGAUUCUGUAGGGAAAAUAAUGUAGACUGGUCGCAGCAAAAUCUCUCGUCUCUUCGACGUCGUGCAUCAAAUGAUGGACCUUGGUACCCAGCGCAAGAUCAGCAGAAUCAAAUCACUACAUGUGCUCGUUCAUAAAAUAUGAAAACUUGCAAUACCAUCCAUAGACCGUGUCAUAUAAUUUAAUCGCUUUUUUACGAGUCUCUCUUUCUAAUGUAAAUUCGCCCGUGUCAUAAUCACCGUAUAAGUUGGCCAGACAGUCUGCAGAAUUGUUCUGUGGCCUCAAGCAUGAAGGCCAUAAUCCUAUUGUCGACGUUGUCGCUCGCCGUGGCCGACAUUCCAUCGCCGGGCAUCACGAAACACUGCCGUUGUAUGCAGGAUGGCGAGUCAUUCCACGUGAAGGGCGUGAGCCCCAACAACAAACCCGACUUUGUGAUCCAUUUGCUGAAGGACGCGGGAGACUUUCAUCACGGCAAGUGGGGACAACGAGAGGGCUAUGAGGCGCCGUUCCACUUCCACGUCUGGUUUCAUCACCCCUUCCUGAAGCCGCACAUGGACUACGCGUUGGGAAGGCAUGCCAAAUGGGAUCGGGUGGAUGUGAAGCCGUUGCUGGUGCGGCACAAUCAACCGUUCUACUUCAGGAUUGAAAAGGCUGGAAUGGCAUUCAAGGUGUUCUUGAAUGGAAGGCAGAUCUAUCAUUUCAAGUAGGUUUCAAGACGACAGAUUGACUUCUUGAGUCAUCAAAAACUUCUUUAUCAGUUUGUCGGGAAAAUAAUGUGCAUUUUUCAUCGUUGCGACGGCCGGGGAUUUUGUGCGCCACUGCUAAACAAAUCCCCGAGCGAGGCAUCUUGCAACAAAAAAAUCCACAUUAUUUUCCCGACAGACCGAUAAAACUGCUACAAGCAUCUGACAUGCACUUUGCAUAUAGCCCUCAAAUCGGAUGCUUCAAAAGCCUCAAAAAAAAAUUCAAAAAUUAUAAAAUCGGCGGCUUAUUCAACCUAUAUUACGUUGACUUCCACUUCGUAUAUUUACAAACAAAAUUAUAUCAGCCUGUCGUGGAAAUAAGUGGAUUUGUCGCCCCUUAGAAUCUCCCAUCAUCACUUCGCAACAGCUUGAGGAGACUGGUGAUUUGGUCUGCGAUGAGGCGAGAAAUUUUUUGCUGCGGCAAAUCCACAUUAUUUUCCCGACAGACGGACAUCUCCCAAUAGCUAAAGAGAAAAUAUUAUACUGCCGUUUCAGCUCAAACCGCGCUGGCGGCUGCAUCAACGCCGCCUACGUUACCUGGACCAAUAUUCAUGAACAGUUCUUUGAUCGCAACAACUGCCCAAGGCCCCAACCACCAAGACCGCAGCCAAGGCCCCAGCCAAGGCCUCAACCACGGCCGGCUCCAGCGCAUAGGCCGGCGCCAGCUCCGCGUCCACCAGCUCCGAAAAUAACACGUCCGCUCCCAAGGCCAACAUUGGAUCCAGGGCGUCUGCCGGUUGUAGUUAUCGAUCCGAUUUCGCAGGACGACUGUUGA